AUGCCCACUCGAAUGCAUCAAGGCAUGAUUGCCACGAUCCAGGAUAUUAUCAUGAAAUUCCAAGAGCAGGAUAAAGACAAGCUGCAUGCUUGGGACAUUGCGAGUGUCAAAGUUGGUAUGAAUGGAGUCAAGAAGGACUCUGAUAUGGCUGUCUGGGGAAAUGAACGCCUCAAGAUGACCCGACGAGUGAAACCCAAGACCAUGACAGUUGAUGGGUGGGAGGGACCCCAUGACAUGAAUCCCCACGUCAUCUUUGAGGUCAGUUGGACAAACAAAUUGAAAGAGGAAGAAAUCCCAAAAUUUCGGCGCCAAAUGGAUAAUCAUGUUGGUGAAGUGGGAGAAAUCAAGCUUGGCUUUCUCAUCAAAAGCAUUCCUGCCAAUGGAAAGAAGGCCUUGCCAACGGAAGAAUCUCCCGGUCGAUUCCACUUUGUGGGUUUGAUGUUUAUGAAGCUCGUUGUGGUGGGGGUAGCAGCGUGA